AUGUCAAGUAUUACAACUACAACUACUACCAUUGCUAUCUUUCACAUAAUUUCCAUCUACCUUUUUAUUUCAUCACCCCAACUCGUAGCAGGUGCAGGUCGUGGACAUGGACAUGGACAUGGACAGGUUAAUGUUAAUGUUAAUGUCGCUUCUGUUGCCAUCAAAACGAUGUCGUUAGAGCCAAAAGAUCAAGAUUUUGUGACACAGAAACGACCAAUUUUUCAUGGAAAAGAAAUUAGUGGUUGUAUGCCAAAGGGGCGUAGGCAUUCAUCGGCUCCUAGCAGAUAUGUUAACAACCAACCGUUGUUUCAAUCGCUUGGAUGUUCAACGGUGGCAAGACCUUGA